AUGGCUACCCAGCAAAAGUGGAAGAUCGCCUUUGGGUGCGACGAGGCGGGAGUCGACUACAAGAACGCCCUGAUCAAGGAUUUCCAGAACGAUCCUCGGGUCGAGUCGGUCAUUGACGUUGGCGUUCCUUCGAACGCGGACAAGACGGCGUAUCCUCACGUUGCCGUUACGGCUGCACGCAAGGUGGCGUCUGGUGAAGUGGACCGUGCCCUCCUCAUCUGCGGUACCGGUCUCGGCGUUGCCAUCGCUGCCAACAAGGUCAACGGUGUUCGCGCCGUCACGGCCCACGAUUCGUACUCGGUCGAACGUGCGAUCCUCUCCAACGACGCCCAGGUGCUUUGCAUGGGUCAACGUGUCGUCGGCCUCGAACUCGCCAGGAAGCUCGCAAAGGAUUGGCUCGGUUACAAAUUCGAUACCUCCAGCGCUUCGGCUGAUAAGGUCAAGGCCAUCUGCUCUUACGAGGGCGCCGCUGACAAGCAGUAA